AGCCUAAGGCCGCUGCACUAAUGAGAAGCUGAGCUCUCAGAUUUUUGCCUCCCUGUCCCUGCCAAGUCGCUGUUUCCUGGGACAAGAGGCAGCCUCACUGAAACGAAUUCCGGUCUCAGGGGACAGAAUCCUGAAACCCUGGCUCUGGAGUCCGGGGCAGGGGUGCGCUGCCUCAGGACAGACGGGGAAACUGAGGUCCAGAGCCAGGCAUCCACCGCCUGCGGAGGAGAACAAGAACGCGGCGCGUCCUGCCUUGCGGGCCAAGCGGCGCCAGAGCCGCCUCCUCCCGCCCCCCGCGCUGGAUCCCCCCGCCCCGUCUUUGCCCUCGCGAAGCCGCCACCUCCGGAACAAGCCAUGGUGGCGGCGACGGUGGCAGCGGCGUGGCUGCUCCUGUGGGCUGCGGCCUGCGCGCAGCAGGAGCAGGACUUCUACGACUUCAAGGCGGUCAACAUCCGGGGCAAACUGGUGUCGCUGGAGAAGUACCGUGGAUCGGUGUCCCUGGUGGUGAAUGUGGCCAGCGAGUGUGGCUUCACAGACCAGCACUACCGAGCCCUGCAGCAGCUGCAGCGGGACCUGGGUCCCCACCACUUCAAUGUGCUCGCCUUCCCCUGCAACCAGUUUGGCCAACAGGAGCCUGACAGCAACAAGGAGAUUGAGAGCUUUGCCCGCCGCACCUACAGUGUCUCAUUCCCCAUGUUUAGCAAGAUUGCAGUCACCGGUACUGGUGCCCAUCCUGCCUUCAAGUACCUGGCCCAGACUUCUGGGAAGGAGCCCACCUGGAACUUCUGGAAGUACCUUGUAGCCCCAGAUGGAAAGGUGGUAGGGGCUUGGGACCCAACUGUGUCAGUGGAGGAGGUCAGACCCCAGAUCACAGCACUCGUGAGGAAGCUCAUCCUACUGAAGCGAGAAGACUUAUAACCACUGCGUCUCCUCCUCCACCACCUCAUCCCGCCCACCUGUGUGGGGCUGACCAAUGCAAACUCAAAUGGUGCUUCAAAGGGAGAGACCCACUGACUCUCCUUCCUUCACUCUUAUGCCAUUGGUCCCAUCAUUCUUGUGGGGGAAAAAUUCUAGUAUUUUGAUUAUUUGAACCUUACAGCAACAAAUAGGAACUCCUGGCCAAUGAGAGCUAUUGACCAGUGAAUCACCAGCCGAUACGAACGUCUUGCCAACAAAAAUGUGUGGCAAAUAGAAGUAUAUCAAGCAAUAAUCUCCCACCCAAGGCCUCUGUAAACUGGGACCAAUGAUUACCUCAUAGGGCUGUUGUGAGGAUUAGGAUGAAAUACCUGUGAAAGUGCCUAGGCAGUGCCAGCCAAAUAGGAGGCAUUCAAUAAACAUUUUUUGCAUAUAAACCAAAAAAUAACUUGUUAUCAAUAAAAACUUGCAUCCAACAUGAAUUUCCAGCUGAUGAUAAUCCAGGCCAAAGGUUUAGUUGUUGUUAUUUCCUCUGUAUUAUUUUCUUCAUUACAAAAGAAAUGCAGGUUCAUUGUAAAAAUCCAAACAAUACCUCAUGAUAUUAAAUAAAAAUGAAAGUAUCCUCCUCA